GGAGGGGUUUGGGUGGCCACUGAUGGCAUUGUGAAUCCUUUAGCAGUAUGUACCACGUUAGCUCGCCUGGCACAAAGUCAAGGUGCCCAGUAUAUUGAAAACUGUCAAGUUCAUAAAAUUCUGACAGAAAAUGGAAGAGUUGUUGGAGCUAAGACCAGUAAUGGACCGAUCAAGUGCGAGAUUUUUGUUUUGGCAGCAGGCAUGUGGUCGAGAGAACUUGCUAACACUUGUGUUCCAAGGUUCAGAUUACCAAUUCAUCCUGCUGAACACCAGUAUGCUGUUACAGAAGUAAAACCUGCUCUGACAGAGUCACUACCUAUUGUUCGUGAUUAUGAUGGACAAAUAUACUGUAGAGAACACCAAGGGGGCCUCCUUUUUGGUGGGUUUGAGAAAGAAGGCAAACCUCUCUUUCAUAAAGGUGUCCCUCCGAAGUUCGAGUUUCAGAAACUUCCUGCAGAUGUGGUUCAUUUUCAGCCCUUGUGUGACCAGGCUAAGUAUCGAUUACCAAUUUUAGAAACAGCUCACAUAAAAGAAAUUGUCAAUGGCCCUGAAACUUUCACACCAGAUGGAAAGUUUAUUCUCGGGGAAACGCCUGAAGUUGAGGGUUUGUACGUGGUCGUAGGCAUGAACGGAAACACAGUGCAGGCAGCAGGAGGAGUUGGCAGAGCACUGGCCGAUUGGAUAACCAAUGCAGAACCAGAAGCCCAGCUUCUGCCCUUUGAUGUUCGACGUUUUAUAGAUUUACAUAACAACCAGAAGUUUUUGAGAGAGAGGAUGAGAGAGGCAGUAGGUCAGCAUUAUGCUCUUGCUCAUCCUUUACCAAUAGAGUUCCAUUCAGCUAGAAAGUUAAGAUGUUCACCUCUCUACACUCUUCAGGAAGCAGCUGGAGCGGUAUUUGGAGAAAGAAUGGGGUUUGAGAGGGCUCUGUAUUUUGCUCCCGAAAAACCAA